UGUUUGGAAUUUUCUGUCUUUGUUUAAAAGAAAAUAGAUGUCGUUGGUUGUUUAGUUAUCGGUCCAUAGCGAGUAUCCAGAAUCACCUAUCGUUCUUGAAGUCGCAGUUCUGCUUUCGUGCGCUUUGACGCACUUUCAACUUUGCAACAACUUGUGACAUUGAUUGGCUGGAAUUGUUCUGGAAGCCUCGCGCUGCCGCGAGCCGUCGCGCCUCGUUCCCGCUUUCGCGACUUGAUGGGUAUUUUUCGUUGUCCGAGACGACGCGGAGAAGCCCUUCCCUUCCCUUUCGUUCCCUUCCACUUCGACCGCUUAGCUCACGAGUCGCACUUUGUGUGGAAAACAACCUACUUCAUCAGGCACUGGUGACAUGGCCUCGCCCGCUUUCCUGGACACGAGCUUGCCGGGUCAUGGGUCCGACCAGCAGUUCACCGAGGUCAUCAGCCAGCAGAUGCGGGUCCCAGAGCACCUCCGAGUCGGGCUGGGCCCUCAGGGGGAUGAGCAAACAAAGCCUGAGGACAUGACCCUCAUCUACCGGAUGCACAUCCCCAACAGGUUGUCCCUGGCAGAUGCCCCAGAUUUGAAUCCGCGACCCCUGUUCUCCACUCCAUCCGGACGCAGCUUCCCGACCCAUGCAGCCACAGCAUGGGACUCUCCCUCUUCAGAGCCCCUGAGUCCUCUGCGCAGGUCCUACAGUGAUCAAACCUUUGGCAGGAGCCCCCCUGUCACCCCCACACUGUCAAAACAGAUGCUGCAUGCCCCUUCUCUCCGUGCUGUGGGACGCUCCCCACAGAACGUUGAACCCCGUGGACCCUCCGCUAUUCCACCCAACCUCCUGUCCCCACAGAAUGUGCUCCAGGCUGUCAGAGACCUGGGUCAGUUGGCCUCCCAGCGCAUCCUCCGGACUGUCACCCAGAAGUGCGGUUCCAGGUUCAGCUAUCCUGAGAACCCGCCUUCCACCCUAGUCGAGAUGCCUGGUUCCAUGGACCCCAGCCGGAGAAGCACAGCACAGGAUUGGCUGACCGUGGAGGAGGAAGGCGGGGGAAACGUUGAGUUCUUUGUGUUGCGGAGACAGAUGAUGAAGAUGAGCCGGCGUCUUGCCACCCUGGAGAGGCAGAAUGCAGAGCACCGCCAAACGGAGCUGCUCCUCUUCUCCUUGCUGUUGUCCGCCUGUCUCAUCAAUGGCUGGCUCUGGCUGCGCAGGUAGCCUUCCACCCCACGCAGUGAGGCUCACGCACUCCUGACCUGCUUUCACCAGGAGGGGUUGGAGUAGAGGUGGGGUAGAGAGGGUGGGACGUUCAUGCAAGUCCCAAGGUACGUGUGGGUGUGCACAUGGACUUUGGUAAGGUAGUAGGGAAGUCUUUGCUGAUGUUACUGCGAAGGACUAUGACCUCCAGGAUGUUCUAUGUUGGACAGUGUGAUUUCAGAUUUUUUUAUGACAUGAAUGUUUGUUUCUGAACUGAAACACACAUUAAGAUUGAAUGUACUUGGACUUUUGGGUCAAAAUAGAAACCCCCCACAUACAAGCAGUCAAGUGACAGAAGUAGAACAACUUCUUGUUUACUCAGAAUUCUUCAGCGUAGGAAUCUUGGCUCCGAAAUCACUACUUACAGCAGGAAAUAGUCUGUUUACUUAACAUUUUAAAUGAAAUGCAGUCAGUUUAUACUUUGUCUGUGAUGGCUGAUAUGUAAGUACUUACUACUGCAGUGGGAUUAGUAUAUUUAUAAAAUAUUUAUUUUUUAACCUUUAAUUCGUAUAGAGAUGGGUUCAGUUAAUGUGAUCAUUUCUAUUAGACUGCAUGUGUUGCUGUACCACUGUUAACUGGAGCAGUCCAUUACUUGUCUAAUAAGUCUGAUUUAUAUAUUAUUGUGCAACUACUCUGCAGGUCAUUUGAUUAAAAAUCUC